AUGAUAGAGAGUAGAGGCGUGGUUGUAGAUUGGGAUUGCUUCAAGAGAGUUUUCUUGGAGAAGUAUUUCUCGGAUAGCGUUAGAUAUGCUAAGGAGGCUGAGUUCAUGAGACUGCAGCAGGGGAGCAUGUCUGUUUCAGAUUAUGCUAUGAGAUGUGGCAGGCCAGACCACAUUUCUAGAGAUUGUCAGAUGCCACCGACUCCAUCUGGAGUGCCCCGAGGCCAAUCAGACGGGAUUGUAGUGGAUCCAGCCAAGGUGGAGGCUGUGAUUCAGUGGGAGCAUCUGAGGACUGUUGCGGAGAUUAGGAGCUUUGUUGGAUUAACGGGUUACUAUCAGAGAUUCAUAGAAGAUUUCUCUCGAAUAGUAAUGCCUUUGACUUAA